CGUUUUUAAACAAUUUGCUAUGGAAAUAUUUUUAAGCUCACAAAAAUUAACCGGACUAAUAAAAGUAUCACGAAAGCUCUGUCUGAAUACGGUUUCUUGGCACUCUAUUAUUUGGACCAUUCCUUGCAGUUCUUAUUAAGUCAGAACAGUUUGCCAAAUUGUACAGUUCAAAAAUCAAUUUUGUGUCACCGGACGAAAGGGACACUAGUUGUUCAGUGCACUGGCAGUCGUUCUUGAAUCUUUCGAGAGGGUCGGUCGUGAGUGGCGCCGAUUACUUUCGCAUUCUGGACCGCUGCAGCUAAGUUUAGGUGACCACGUCGCGCAAGUGCGCGUGCACGACGGAAAACGGUGGCCCCCGUUAGACGUUCGCGUUGAAAAACACGAGAAGCCAACGUGCGACAUAAAAUUGACGCUGACCAUCUGUCUGCCUGACGUGUCCGAAGAUAGCAAAUCGCUCGGACUUCAGCCUGGCCAAGACCGUGCAGGCCAGUCGCGUGACCAAGGAAAUCUUUCCACGCACCGGAAAGGACCUGAAAAGAUUACCCAUGCCGUUGAUGUUCACCAGCGCUCGUGCCCGUAGCGAGGUCAAGGAGAUCCAGCAAGAGGCGAUGAGUGAUAUUAAGCUGCAGGCAUUGAAAGAUGUUCAGAUGAUGACCGAGGUGAAUGACGCACUGAAGCAUGCUAAAAGUAUGCGUGGAAAAUCUGCAAAAGCCAUAGAAUUUCAUCUGAGAACCGAAGCGCUAAAGAAUCUGUCCAAGAGCCAGGAGUUGGCUGACAUCAGGAAAUUUCAAAGGGAAACCGUGCAUUCUCUCUGGGACGACACGGCGCAUGGUAGAUUGUUGAACGAAAGAGCCAAGGCUCUGAUCGACGAGGAUAAACUGACGCAGCCGCUUGAUACGCUCAGCAGGGAGCUGCGCGGAUUCGAGCAGAAGUCCAGCAAUUAUUUUCUAGAUAAGAGGUAUCAAGAUCGGGCGAGGCGAGAACUUUUGUAUGGGUGUCGAGGAUGCGAAUAUUAUAAUGUUAAGUGUAGUAGAUAGGUAAGAGUUGUGUUAUGACCGAGUUCUCAGUAGAAAAAGGUAUUUACACUAUUUUAAUUUGAAGAAAGAAUUUAAUUUCUUAAAAUGCGUGUAAUAAAAAUAAAUAACUCUAAUGGUGACAUUUGACUUUAA